UAGGAUGACGGCCAGCCCAGAGAGCCUGUUCCCUUCUGGGGGCGACCUGGACUCCAACCAGUUACAGAUGGAGCCCGAUGAGGUGGACACUCUGAGGGAGGGAGAGGACCCAGCUGACCGGAUGCACCCCUUUCUGGCCAUCUAUGACCUUCAGCCUCUGAAAAUGCACCCCUUGGUAUUUGCCCCUGGGGUUCCUGUCACGGCCCAGGUGGUGGGCACUGAAAGAUAUACCAGUGGAUCCAAGGUGGGCACCUGCACUCUGUAUUCUGUCCGCUUGACUCAUGGCGACUUUACCUGGACAACCAAGAAGAAGUUCCGUCAUUUCCAGGAGCUACAUCGGGACCUCCUGAGACACAAAGUCUUGAUGAGUCUGCUUCCUCUGGCUCGCUUUGCUAUUCCCUAUCCUCCAGCCCGGGAGGCAGCCGACAGAGAGAUACCGUCCCUACCCCGAGCAGGUCCUGAGGGCUCCACCAGACAUGCAUCCAGCAAACAGAAAUACUUGGAGAAUUACCUCAAUCGCCUCCUGACCAUGUCUUUCUACCGCAACUACCACGCCAUGACAGAGUUCCUGGAAGUCAGUCAGCUGUCCUUUAUCCCAGAGCUUGGAUCUAAAGGACUGGAAGGGGUGAUCCGGAAGCGCUCUGGGGGCCACCGUGUUCCUGGCCUUAACUGCUGUGGCCGAGACCAAGUUUGCUAUCGCUGGUCCAAGAGGUGGCUGGUGGUGAAGGAUUCCUUCCUGCUGUACAUGUGCAUCGAGACAGGCACCAUCUCAUUUGUUCAGCUCUUCGACCCUGGCUUUGGCGUGCAGGUGGGGAAGAGGAGCACAGAGACACGGUACGGGGUCCGGAUCGACACCUCCCACAGGUCCCUGAUUCUCAAGUGCAGCAGCUACCGGCAGGCACGGUGGUGGGGCCAGGAAAUCACUGAGCUGGCCCAGGGCCUGGGCAGAGACUUCCUGCAGCUGCACCGGCAUGACAGCUAUGCUCCGCCCCGGCCUGGGACUUUGGCACGGUGGUUUGUGAAUGGGGCAGGUUACUUUGCUGCUGUGGCAGAUGCCAUCCUGCAAGCUCAAGAGGAGAUUUUCAUCACAGACUGGUGGUUGAGCCCUGAGAUUUAUCUGAAGCGUCCAGCCCAUUCAGAUGACUGGAGACUGGACAUUAUGCUCAAGAAGAAGGCGGAGGAGGGUGUCCGUGUGUCCGUACUACUGUUUAAGGAAGUGGAGUUGGCCUUGAGCAUCAACAGUGGCUAUAGCAAGAGGGCUCUGGUGCUGCUGCACCCCAACAUAAAGGUGAUGCGCCACCCAGACCAUGUGACAUUGUGGGCCCAUCAUGAGAAGCUCCUGGUGGUGGACCAAGUCGUGGCCUUCUUGGGAGGUCUGGAUCUCGCCUAUGGCCGCUGGGAUGACCUGCACUACCGACUGACUGACCUUGGGGAUUCCUCUGAAUCAGCUACCCCACAGCCACCUACCCCGUGCUCAGACUCUCCAGACAUCUCUCAUAACCAACUCUUCUGGCUGGGCAAGGACUACAGCAAUCUUAUCACUAAGGACUGGGUACAGCUGGACCGGCCUUUUGAAGAUUUCAUUGACAGGAAGACCACAGCCCGGAUGCCAUGGCGGGAUGUUGGGGUGGUUGUCCAUGGCCCACCUGCCCGGGACCUGGCCCGGCACUUCAUCCAGCGCUGGAACUUCACUAAGACUACCAAGGCCAAGUACAAGACACCCAUGUACCCCUACCUGCUGCCCAAGUCUACCAGCACCGCAAACCAGCUCCCCUUCACACUCCCAGGGGGGCAGUGUGCCACCGUGCAGGUCUUGCGGUCAGUGGACCGCUGGUCAGCAGGGACUUUGGAGAACUCCAUCCUCAAUGCCUACCUGCACACCAUCAGGGAGAGCCAGCACUUCCUCUACAUUGAGAAUCAGUUCUUCAUUAGCUGCUCAGAUGGACGGACAGUUCUGAACAAGGUGGGCGAUGAGAUUGUGGACAGAAUCCUGAAGGCCCACAAACAGGGGCAAUGCUUCCGAGUCUACGUGCUUCUGCCCCUGCUCCCUGGAUUUGAGGGUGACAUCUCCACAGGUGGUGGUAACUCCAUCCAAGCCAUUCUGCACUUCACUUACAGGACCCUGUGUCGUGGAGAAUAUUCAGUCCUGCAUCGCCUCAAAGCAGCCAUGGGGACAGCAUGGAGGGACUAUAUAUCCAUCUGUGGGCUCCGAACACAUGGAGAGCUGGGUGGGCACCCAGUCUCAGAGCUCAUCUACAUCCACAGCAAGAUGCUCAUUGCUGAUGACCGGACAGUCAUCAUUGGCUCUGCGAACAUCAAUGACCGGAGCCUGCUGGGGAAGCGGGACAGUGAGCUGGCCGUGCUGAUUGAGGACACGGAGAUGGAGCCAUCCCUCAUGGAUGGUGCAGAGUACCAAGCGGGCAGGUUUGCCUUGAGUUUGCGGAAGCACUGCUUCAGCGUGGUUCUCGGGGCAGAUGCCCGGCCAGACCUGGAUCUCCGAGACCCUGUCUGUGAUGACUUCUUCCAGUUGUGGCAAGACACGGCUGAGAACAAUGCCAAUAUCUAUGAGCAGAUCUUCCGCUGCCUGCCAUCCAACGCCACACGUUCCCUGCGGGCACUCCGGGAGUACGUGGCUGUGGAGCCCCUAGCCAUGGUCAGCCCUCCCUUGGCCCGGUCUGAGCUCACCCAGGUCCAGGGCCACCUGGUCCACUUUCCCCUCAAGUUCCUGGAGGAUGAGUCUUUGUUGCCCCCCCUGAGUAGCAAGGAGGGCAUGAUGCCCAUAGAAGUGUGGACAUAGCUUAGGCUCCAGCCAGAAGAUGUCACCAGCUGCUGGGCUCCACCAAGUCUGGCUCCCUGCCCCCUGCCCCUGAGGACUGAGGACAGUGCCCUUUGAGACCUGUGGGAGGCAGCAUCUCUGAAGGGGAUGAGAGAACUGACAGAGGACCCUUUCUUGAGAAGCAGCCAAAGAGGACACUCCCAACCCUGGGCUGGGGAGGCAGGAGAGGGUCUCAGAGAAGUUCACCUUCCCUGCUGCCCAGUUCAAACCACUGCUACAGAGGAGAAGCGGAACUCCUGCCAGGAUGCUGGGCAAGCCUUCCCAUCUCUCCCUUCCUCUGCCCCAGGGCCUCUCCCAGCCCACCCUUGCCCGGGUGGAGAGAAGAAUGAAGGCACUCCUGGCUUCAGCCCCCACAGUGGGGAGAGGCGGAGGCUGCACACUGAUUCCCUCCGCCAGCCUGCUGACAGACACUAAUUUUGUAUCAGUUCAAUAAGCGUUUCAUAAAUAAAAGUGUAGGAAAAAUCCA